AUGAAUCUUCGAAUUCUUCUUCCUGUUCAGCGGGAAUGCAUAUCGAUACACGUCGGCCAGGCCGGAGUGCAGAUCGGCAACUCCUGCUGGGAGCUGUACUGCCUGGAGCACGGGAUACAGCCCGACGGCACCAUACCCUCGGACAAGACGUCCGGCUCCAACGACUGCUUCGAGACGUUCUUCUGCGAGACGAGCAAGGGCAAGAUGAUACCCCGUGCCAUAAUCAUCGACCUCGAGCCCACUGUCAUCGACGAGAUCCGAACGGGCAAGUACAAGCAGCUCUAUCAUCCGGAGCAGUUGAUCAACGGCAAGGAGGACGCGGCGAACAACUACGCGCGGGGCUAUUACUCGGUGGGCCAGGAAAUCAUACACCAGGUCAUGGACAGGAUACGGCGCUUCACCGACCAAUGCCACAGUCUCCAGGGCUUCUUUGUAUUCCACUCGUUCGGGGGUGGCACGGGCUCGGGCUUCACUUCGCUGCUCAUGGAGAAGCUGAGCAAUGACUACGGCAAAAAGAACAAGCUCGAGUUCACCGUCUAUCCGGCUCCACAGGUGUCGACCGCCGUUGUCGAGCCGUACAAUGCCUGUCUGACGACCCACGCGACCAUCACCCACUCGGAGUGCACCUUCAUGGUCGACAACGAGGCGAUCUACGACAUAUGCAGGCGCAAGCUCAACAUAGGCCGGCCGACUUACAUGAACCUCAAUCGGCUGAUCAGCCAGGUCGUGUCGUCGAUAACGGCCUCCCUGCGCUUCGACGGGGCCCUCAACAUCGACCUCACCGACUUCCAAACGAAUCUCGUGCCCUACCCUCGGAUCCACUUUCCGCUGGCCGCUUACGCGCCGGUCAUAUCCGUCGACAAGGCCUUCCACGAGGGCAUGUCCGUCUCGGAGAUAACGGGCGAUUGCUUCGAGCCUGGUAGCCAGAUGGUCAAGUGCGACCCUCGCGAGGGCAAGUACAUGGCCUGCUGUUUAGUUUAUCGGGGCGACGUGGUGCCCAAGGACGUCAACUUUGCGAUCGCCGCCAUCAAGGCCAAGAGCAGCGUCAGGUUCGUCGACUGGUGUCCAACGGGGUUCAAGGUUGGCAUCAACUAUCAGCCGCCCACCGUAGUGCCGAACGGCGAUUUGGCCAAGAUACAAAGGGCGGUGUCGAUGCUGAGCAACACGACGGCGAUAGGCGAGGCUUGGGCCAAGCUCAAUUACAAAUUCGACUUGAUGUUCAACAAACGAGCCUUCGUGCAUUGGUACGUCGGCGAGGGCAUGGAGGAGGGUGAGUUCAGCGAGGCGCGGGAGGAUCUGGCGGCACUUGAGCGAGAUUACGAGGAAGUCGCCGCAGACUCGAUACCCUUGUCCAUGGACGAGUACUGA